AUGAGGAGGCAGAAAUAUUUUUUCAAUUACUCCAGGGAGAUAUCCAUUUUCUGCAUCCACUUUGUUUAUUCUAAUUUUAUUCACCACUCCAUGUUGACCUACUUUUUUGAGCAAUCCAAAAGUUGUGCAUAUCGGAAGGACCCUCCAGGUAGGAACAGAAAUGGGUACCCCAUGAGGAGGGGUCACUGCGGGGGGGACGCUGCACAUCCGUUGGACGAAUCGGACGGUGGGAAGUCUUCCCAAGGUGAACUAGACCGGGAAGGAAACAAAUCAGACGAUUGGAGCGAAGAUGAUCGAGAUGUGGAUCCUCCUAACAGGAAGACGUGUGAAGAUUACACACUCGAUGAGGACCACCACAGUAGUGCCUCAAGUGGAGAGGAAACCACCCACCACGCGCAAACAAAAAAUAAAGAGCCCCUUUUUUACAGCACAGGGGGGGAAGAAAAGGAACGAAGUUAUAUGAAGAAUAAAGCGAAGAAGACAAAAACAGGGGGGAUGACACGAGGAAGGAAAAACAACACCCAAUCCGUGGCACACAUCAGUGAGGAAGUUAGCCAACUGAGGAAGAAGCUAAACGAACAGGAAAUUACCCACUUGGAGGAAAAAAUUUACCUAAAUGAAAUUAUCGAAAAGAAGAACGACGUCAUAAAUAACAUGCUGUAUUCCUACUCAAUGGUGAAGGAGAAGUGCGAGCAGGUAGAAAAAGAACUGCACCAAGCCAGAAUAGACAUAGGGUUGAAAGAGAAGGAGUACGAAGCCCGUGCGGCCAACGAUAUGGACGACCUGAAAGAGCAACACAUCCGUAUAUUACGUGAUUACGAAAAGGUAGGAAGCGAAAAAAGAGAAUUAGAAACGAAGUUCGAGAAACUUACCGACUUGUUAAUUUUCCUUUACGAAAAUGUGCCUGAUUGUCGGCAGUACAUGCAGAACGUGGAGGAUGUAAGCGUUUUUAAAAAUCCCAAGACGGGUGAAAACCAAGGGGGAGACCCACCUCAGCCAGACUCUAAAACGUGUGAGGUGGGGGCUCAUGAUCAUAUGGAUGUCCAGGUGAAGGGCACCGUAGAGGCCCCCGCACAGUCGAACGAUCAGCCAAACAUGGGUGGAUACGAACUACCGAAUGAUCAAAUGUGGGCACUGCACAACGGCGGCACUUAUGCGAACGUGUAUAACCCCGGUCAGCAGAACUUCCCCCCGCAGGGGUACCAGAACAGCCCUUACGAGGGCACCACGUACGGCAACCCCCAGCAGCAGAUACAACAGGGCAGCUCGUACAGUUACACCAACCAACAGAUAAAUCAGGGUGGUGCAAACAGCUACCCCCAGCAGCAAAUGCAUCAGGGCAGCACAUACGGCUACCCCCCUGAAUCAAUAUAUCAGGUACAUAUGUAUGGCGACCGCAACCAGCCAACGGAGGGAAAUUCGAGUCAGCGGGUCUACAGUGAAGUGCACCCCCCAGUUACGCAGGCUCCUCCCGAUCGACAAUAUGAGCAGCAGUACGGACAGUUAUACGAACACGCCCCCCCUCAGAUGUACAACCAACUGUAUUACCAAACGAACUCGCAAGUGUACCCCCACAUGUAUGUAGAAUCUACUGCACAAAACGCAAGCGGGUCGAACGCCGAACUGAACGUUCCUGUAGGCAACCAAGGGCCUAACGGUGAAGGGCCACAGAGGCAGCCAAGUGAGCAAAACUGUCCAGCUGAAUUUAUGGGACAGUGA